GAGGCGGCGAGGAAGAUGCGUUGAGUCGGCCGUCCGGAAGGUAUUGCUAUGUGGAUACCUGUUAGCAAUGACUGAUGUGGAAUCGACAUAUGCAGAUUUCAUUGCUUCUGGAAGAACUGGGAGGCGAAAUGCACUUCAUGAUAUCCUUGUAUCCUCUACAAGUGGGAAUUCUAGUGAACUAUCCCUAAAGUUAUCGGAACUUGAUAUAAACAAAACUGAAAGUGAAGGAGAUGCACAAAGAAAUCCCACCGAGCAAACUGGAGAAGCCCAGGGGGAAGCAGCAAAACAAGAAAGCUGACAUCUCUCGUUGACUGGCAGAGGCAACUGUGGGAUGCUUUCCAACUGCAGGAGCCUGUUGGAAAAAACGUGUCUUGUGUAAGCAAGCUGAUAAAUGCAAAAAUGGGUGUGUCUCGUUACUGGAACCUGCACAGUGCAAUGUUUAAAAUGGGAAAGCAGAUUAUAGCAGCAAAUAGGACUUUCUCUACCUCGGUUAGCAAUGGGUGAGACUUUUUAUUGCUGAUCUCGAGACUCUUUGUCUGAUGGAUCUCGUCACAAUGACCACUUGAGGAAAUGCCCGUAGGAAGUAGAGCAAGCUAGAUUUUGUAGCAAAUGGCCUUCACCUCACCAGAGGCUUGACGUGCGUUGUAUGAGAAUGGCUUCUGUGAUAUUCAGAGGUUGUCUGGCUAAAGUGUUCACUUAAAAAAAAUACCUGUAAGG